GGAAGAAGUUGUAGAAGAAAUCCCAAGAAGUGGAAACGCGAUGUCCCCACGCAGCCUAAUCUUCUUGAAAAGUCUUGUAAUCCUAAUCCUUUUCCAUGGAGAUUGGGUGUCAGGCAGAGACAUCCACGACGUUCUUCCUGAGUACGGUUUUCCCAAGGGUCUCCUUCCCAACAACGCCGUCUCCUACACCCUCUCCUCCGAUGGCGCCUUCACCGUCCAACUCCAGGACCCUUGCUACGUCUACUGGGAGGACCAAUUGGUCUACUACCACACCCUAAUCAAGGGCACCCUCACCUACGGCUCCGUCUCACACGUGUCAGGCAUACAGGCCCAGAAGCUCUUCCUCUGGCUCCCCGUUACGGGAAUUACGCUCCAUCAGGAUUCCGGCAUGCUCCAGUUCUUCGUCGGGGCUCUCUCGCAGACUCUACCUGCCGCCGAUUUCCAGGACGUACCUGGAUGCUCCCGCACUCCAUUGCUUCCUCUCUGAUCUCUAUAUUUCAACUCUCUUCCUUUUCUUUUUUUCUCGCCUGUUUGUUUCUAAUACUCAUUUCUCAUUUCCCAAUUAAAAUAUGUUCUCGCACUUUAUUUUUCUUGUAUGCUUUUUAUCACGUUAAUUUAUCCCUCAAAUUAAGCGAAUUAAUCCCGUCAAUGUUGGUUUCAUUUUUUUGGUCUUGAAUGAAUGAGCUAGUCCUAUUUCA